AUGGCCCCCAGCCAUCGCAGUCCACCCCCUGCCAACAACGGAACUUGGUAUCGAUACUCGACACUGUUAGCGGUCAAAGUUCUUAAGCAUGUUCGACCUUGCCACGGGAAUUACGGGCGCCGUGUACAUUUGUCUGAAGCAUCAACAAUGCAUUUCAUAUCACGGCAUACAUCUAUACCAGUGCCAAAAGUUUUCUGUGCAUUUACUCAUUCUGGAUUGACGUAUAUUGUGAUGGAAAGGAUUAAGGGGGCCAUAAUUGGUAGUGGCUGGGUUCACCGAAAUGAGGAGUCAAAGGCAAAGCUUCUUUCCCAGUUGGCAAAAAUGGUCGCUGAAAUGCGGGAGCUUCAGCCUCCGGAUGGUAUCGUGGUCGCUUCUGUUGACACUCAUCGACUGUCGUACUUCCAUCGGCAUUUACGAAUGGGCAUGGAGUUCAAUCCCGGGCUUGACCCUCAUAUCCAGAAUCUUAUCACUCAUGGGGAUCUUAGCGGCCUAAAUAUUCUCAUUCAUGGAGAUGAUAUUGUUGGCAUAAUUGAUUGGGAAACGGCUGGCUGGUAUCCAUCAUACUGGGAGUACACAUCUGCCCACCAAGUCAACCCAUAA